AUGCACAUUGGAGAAUUGGCUAGAAGCGGUGGAGUGUUAGACCCGUUGAUGCAGAUUGGGCUUAAGCCCAAUAACGGUGAUUCAGGAGCAACGGCUGUUGUGAUAACGGGAGGAGCUACCCAUUCAUUCCUAUCUAAUGAAUGUGUGAGGAGGCUCGGGCUUGUGAUGCGGGAGCUGGGGUGCGAGUUAAUAGUCGCGACAUCAGCAUCUGGCGAGGUAUCCACCAGCUUUGUUUGUGUGGGAUGCCCUAUGGAGGUGGCGGGUCGCAGGUUCAAGGUGAAUCUUAUCUGCCUGCCAAUGGAGGGCUUGGAUGUAAUUCUAGGGAUGGACUGGUUAUCGAGCAACCAUGUUGUCAUCGAUUGCGAACGGUGUAGAGUAGUGUUUUUGGAUGCAGCAGGUCUGGAGUUUAUAUCAUCUAAUCAGGCUGCGAAAGAGAUUGAGGAUGGAGCUACCCUCUUUAUGAUAGUGGCUCAGAUAGAGAAGAUGAGUACUGCAGAGCAAAUUAGUAUGAUUCCAGUGGUAGAUGAGUACACAAACGUCUUCCCUGAUGAAAUUCCAGAAUUGCCAUCGAGCAGGGAUGUGGAUUUCACCAUUGAUCUCAUCCUUGGAGCCAGUCCAGUGUCCAAGGAACCUUAUCGGAUGGCACCAGUUGAGUUAUCUGAGUUGAAGAAGCAGAUUGAAGAUCUGCUUGCGAAGAAAUUUAUACGACCGAGUGCAUCACCAUGGGGGGCGCCUGUAUUACUGGUGAAGAAGAAAAAUGGCAGCUCCAGAUUGUGUGUUGACUACCGGCAACUGAAUAAGUUAACGAUAAAGAAUAAGUACCCGUUGCCGAGGAUUGAUGACCUAUUGGAUCAGCUGAGGGGAGCCUCAAUGUUCUCAAAAAUAGACUUGAGGUCUGGAUACCAUUAG